AUGGACUCAAUUCCUCAACUUUCAGAUACUGUGUCGGAAAAGACCAAGAAAACAAAGCAAACAAUUAGCCCUUUUGUUGAAAGCACGAGGAAACAUGCCGAGUCGGCAUUUGAGAAGACUCCUUCAUGGUUUCAACAAUUUAGCAAGAAAACAUACGAGGUAGCGAGAAGAUACCAGUUGUUGUCCGAUUUUACCACCGCCUUUUCUUUAUUGUUUGUCGUGCCCGUAUUGGUUUGGCUUUCAUGGAGUGCUGGUAGUUUGAUUGUCACUAGUGUUACUGGUAUUAUUCUUUGGGCGAUAGCCAACUGCUUCCUUGUUGGUGCCGCAUUCCUUCUUCUGGGGCCAUUUGCGGCGUUUGCCUUCUUCGCUUCACUCUUUAUCACGUUCUGGGUUACUGUUGCACGUCUGGGCUAUUCGGCGUUCCGCUUUAUCUACCACAAAACAAUGUCAUUUCUUGGGGAUCGUGGUGGUGCUCGUGGAUCUAGUAUAUUUUCAGGCAAUACUUGGGGACAAGACGGCCGCGGAUCGGAUGGCAAUAUUCGAGAGUGA